AAAGGUGGAGGAGGACGAAAUAAUAAACUCCCGCGACGUUUCUAAACAGCCAGAAUUUGUUAAUGGAACCGCUCUGUACAAACAGUUUCCAGAGUGCUUUUUGCUGGACGUGGACCAGCAAGAGGAAAAGAACAAUGAAAAUGCGUUGGUGCAAUUAUCAAAACUCAGUCUUCUUCCUGGAGAUACUUUCGGCCGAGAACAUCCACCGGGUGAAGGCGAUCGAGGUGGACAAACUUCCCACGGGGCAGCACUCGAACAUUGGAAGGGUAGACAAGCAGAACCUUUCCAAAAGUGGUUGGCCAUCGUCGGACCAAAAGGAGUCGGUUUGUAUUUCCUUCUUGUGCAACGGCCAAUCCCGUCACUAAGCGAAAUUAAGAAAAGUAUGGCUGCAGUGAUAGUGAAUAUU